AUGGAUUACAUGAAGAAGGCCAUAUGGGGCCCAGAUCCAAAAGAACAACAUCGUAAAAUUAAAUCGAUAUUAAGGAAAAAUGGUAGAGAAAUUGAUAAAUCACUCAGAGAAUUAAGUGGAUUACAAAUUAAAACUAAAACUUUGAUUAAGCAAUCAGCCAAGAAAAAUGAUUUAAAGAGUUGUCAGAUAUAUGGUAAGGAAUUAUAUCGUAUAAAUAAACAAUAUAAUCGAAUGUACACCUCUAAGGCGCAGUUAGAUUCAGUUCAAAUGAAAAUUGAAGAAGCUUAUAAAAUAAGGCAAUUAACUAAUCAAAUGGGACAAAGCGCGGAUAUUAUGAGAGAAGUAAAUUUAUUGGUUCAUUUACCACAAUUACAACAUACUAUGAUUGAAUUAGAGAAGGAACUGAUGAAGAGUGGGUUGAUUAGUGAAAUGAUUGAUGAUACAAUGGAAAAUAUUGGCGAACAGGAUGAAGAAAUGGAGGAAGAAGUCGAAAAAGAAGUUAAUAAGAUUAUUAGUGAAUACACUAAUGAGAAGUUUAAUAAAGUUGAGAAUGUUCCAAAUAAUAAGAUUGAUGUAGAGCCAGUCAAGAUGGAGGAAGAAAAUGAAGUUCCUGAAGAUAAAAUUGAUGAAGAGGCAGAUAAUAUGUUAAAUGAAAUGCGUGAAAGAUUAAAAGCAUUACAAUGA